AUGACUGGCGCCGCUACCUCUGAACACAUGCAGCCUGCACCCGAUGACCGCCUGCCAGGGCUGCCACCCCCUCCUGCUGCUGGUGACCGUGUGAGCCUUCACAAGCCGUACAGCUGCCCCAUCUGCCAGAAGCCCUUCAAGCACCUGUCGGAGCUGUCGCGGCACGAGCGCAUCCACACCGGGGAGAAGCCGUACAAGUGCACGCUGUGUGACAAGAGCUUCAGCCAGUCCUCGCACCUGGUGCACCACAAGCGCACGCACAGCUCCGAGCGGCCGUACAAGUGCGCGGUCUGCGAGAAGACCUUCAAGCACCGCUCGCACCUGGUGCGCCACAUGUACGCGCACUCGGGCGAGCACCACCUGUUCCGCUGCAACGUGUGCGAGCUGCACUUCAAGGAGUCCUCGGAGCUGCUGCAGCACCCGUGCACGCCGAGCGGGGAGCGGCCGUUCCGCUGCGGCGAGUGCCAGAAGGCCUUCAAGCGCCCGUCGGACCUGCGGCAGCACGAGCGCACGCACAGCGCCGAGCGGCCCUUCAAGUGCGACCUGUGCCCCAUGGGCUUCAAGCAGCAGUACGCGCUCAUGCGGCACCGGCGCACGCACAAGCCCGAGGAGCCCUUCAAGUGCGGCCUCUGCGAGAAGGGCUUCGGGCAGCCCAGCCACCUGCUCUACCACCAGCACGUGCACACCCUCGAGACCCUCUUCAAGUGCCCCGUGUGCCAGAAGGGCUUCGACCAGUCGGCCGAGCUGCUGCGGCACAAGUGCCUGCCGGGCGCGGCCGAGCGGCCCUUCAAGUGCCCCGUGUGCACCAAGGCCUACAAGCGGGCGUCGGCCCUGCAGAAGCACCAGCUGGCGCACUGCUCGGCCGCCGAGAAGCCCCUGCGCUGCACCCUGUGUGAGCGCCGCUUCUUCUCGUCCUCGGAGUUCGUGCAGCACCGCUGCGACCCGGCGCGCGAGAAGCCGCUCAAGUGCCCGGACUGCGAGAAGCGCUUCAAGUACGCGUCAGACCUGCAGCGGCACCGGCGCGUGCACACGGGCGAGAAGCCCUACAAGUGCCCCAGCUGUGACAAGGCCUUCAAGCAGCGCGAGCAUCUCAACAAGCACCAGGGCGUGCACGCCCGCGAGCAGCAGUUCAAGUGCGUGUGGUGCGGCGAGCGCUUCCUGGACGUGGCCCUGCUGCAGGAGCACAGCGCCCAGCACAGCGCCGCCGCGGCCGCCACCGAGGGCGCCUACCAGGUGGCCGCCUGCCUGCCCUGAGUGCGGCCCUCAGUGCGGCCCUGAGUGCGCGCCUCCGAGCCGUCCCCACCGGGCCCUCCCCCGCCCGGCUGGGUGGUCUGAGGACCGAGGGCGCCGGGUUGGCCGCGGGGUGGGGCUGGGGGCGCCUGGCGCUCCCCAUACCGGCCUGGAGGGAGGGGGUGGGGGGAGCCGGAUCGCUGUGGCUGGCCCUGAUCCCACAAACCUCUUUCCCAUUACAGGAUUCCUUUACUUGAGAGCCAUCAGCCUCCCUUGUCUCUGGGGGCCUGGAACCAGGCUGGAAGUCAAGUGGCCUCCCUCGACCCCGAGGAGGGAUUGUUGCCAGCCCUACCUUCCCAAACUUUUCAGCCUAAUUAGAAACCAGAUAGGUUAGGAAAGAGGAUGGUCAUGGUCAGGCCUGGGAGAAGGGCUGGAUCCCACAGGUGGGCUGGAUGUAGGGCAUCUUCCUUCAGGUCGCCGUUGGAGAGAGCAGGCCAGCUUUGUGAUGUAGUCCUGGGGACCAGGAGGGCAGACGGUGAGCCUGAGCCGCAGGCCUCUCUGUCUGCUCCAGGUGGGGGCGGUGUGGCCUCCCGGGUUCCCCCAGGGAGACAUGCAGGACGGCUGCACAUCUGUGAGCUGGGUGUGCCUGCAGAGAAUCGGCCCAGCUAGAAGGGAGGAGGCAGAGAAGCUCUCCCGUGACACACUCAGCCAGGGACAGUGCCCUCCACAGGGAAGGGAGGAAAGGCGGCUUUUGUUCUGAGGCCUAAUCCUGCUGUUCAGAAAGUGCCCCUCCUACCUUUGCAGCAUGGUUCCAAGCUCUGGGGAAUGUGUUCUCGGCCAGACCGAACUACUGAUGAGAAAGAAGGGGAUUGUUAGACCACCUUGGUGCCUGGGAGGAAGCAGGGCCAAGUCCACGGUCUUACCAGUGGAUGCAAACAAGUGUCCUCCCCCUUGAAUGUGUGAACCAAAGUGUCAAGAGCGAGGCUCCAAACAGCUUGCGCCAGCUCUCCUUCAGGGCCAAGACCGGGCCUGGCACCCAGGGUGGGGGUGGGGGUGUGAAAGGACUCUGACUCCACAGUGCUCUCCCAGCCCCUGGGAACCUUCCCCGUCAGUCUGGCUCCUGGCCUGGACCCCGGGGGUCUUGUGCUGCCAAGAUGCCCUGGACAUUAUCCAGUGACUUCCAAGGCCAGAGAUUCUGGGGUCCUCCCGGGGUCCCUGUAGGUCUCUGCCUGCCCACCGGGGCUCAUGGAGUCAAGGGUGUCCAGGGCAAUAGGGAGCAGGCCAGGGCAGAGGGUUGUUAAGGGAGCUGGUAGGUGCAUGGAGUUGACUGAGAUCACUGGCCAGUGGGGGCCCUCCUGGGGAAGCCCGAAGGACCUUUAUUAUCAAAAUGAUUCUUGUGAACCCAGCUGUGUCCCUGCCCUGCCCUCUUCCAGCCCUCCUUGGGCGUGGGUCUGGAAAGACUUUAAUCAGUGCUUGCACCAAGGGCCCAGAGGAGCAGGGAGGCCCGCCUUGUCUCGCUCCCACCUUGAGAAGGCUGAACAGCCCACAUCCGCCUCCUCUAUGGGACCAGGCUCCCUUCCUGUGCCUGCAGAGAGGGGCCGGUCCUUCCCCUCGGUGCUGGCUCUCAGUCACAAUGCCUCAAAAGACAUGGAACCCAGGCUGACAACAGGCCCAACUGCAAAAUUUUCCCUUUCCUUUUGCUUUCUAAAAGCAGUUGUUAUACUGUUCAUAACAUUGUAUAGUUUAAUUUCACAUCAUUUUGGAUCUUAUAUAAAAAUGUGAAAAUUUGGAUUUUUAAAAAGAAUGACUCCAUUUUAGAUAGCCCCUUUUGAUGUUAAUAUAUAGUGAGUCCAAUGUAUGCUUUAGAAGUAAAGACAUUGACCAUCACAGACCAAA